AUGAUGAAAGAUUUAAUUAAAAUAAAAGAAAAAAUGAAACAAUACAAGAAAACUCGUGAACAGCAAUCCUUUGAAGAUAUGUUGAAAGAAUUAGACUUGAACGAGGAUGAUUAUUUUAAUGCUGUUCGAUGUGCAUACAAAAGAAUUGAUGUAUUAUACAAACGAGAAAGUAACGCCGUUAGUAUAAACACUUAUAUUAAAAAACUACUAGAUACAUGGGAAGGAAAUCAUGAUGCUCAAUAUAUUCCCGAUCCUUAUGGAUUUGUUUAUUAUUUGUCAAAAUACUGUCUUAAAGCUGACGAAGGAAUGUUAGACAUGAUGAGAAGAGCAGCAGAAGAAUGUAAAGAAGGAAAUAAAAUUGUAAUAGAAAGUAUGGCUAAAAUUGCUGGCAUAUUUCUCGGUACUUCCUUCAUAGGUGCUCAACAAGCGGUUGAAGAAAUAUUAGGAUUUGCAAUACUUAAGUUUAGUAAUGUUGUAUUUUUCAUAAACACGAAUAGACCAGAAAAACGAGUGCAUAUGAGAAAAAGCAAAGCAGAACUUGAACAAAUGGAUGAUGAUGAUGAAGAUAUCACCAUUCCUGGUUUUAUUGAAGAAUAUGAAAACCGCCCAACAGAAUUGGAUGAGGUAUGUCUUGCUGACUUUGCUGCGCUUUAUAAAAAGGAGGGACAAAAAGAGUACGCUGAUAGUGAAGAUGAAACCGACAAUGAACAUGAUGAUGAUGAUAAUGAAAAUAAUAAUCAAAGCAAAAAAAAAAAGAAAAUCAUUUCCAAAAAAAUAUGUUCUACGAACAAGAGAAAGAAUCAUUAG